AGCGACGUCCCUUUUUUUUUUUUGGUUAUAUUUCUAUUUUAACUACUUGCGGUCUGUCAAUACGCACUGCUGGAACGGGGGCAGCUUGUCACCAACUCGUUCGUCCGGGGUUCAUUGGGCGAAUAGCAUGAGCGCUUCGUCCACCCCAGCGCUGCUUCGCCUGUCGCCGAUAUCCACAACACCCGCUAUCUUACCACCACUACCUCCACCAACACCACCGCACCUGUUGCCCGCCACCCCCAGGCCGCAGCCCUUCUGACCGUUGCUGCGAAGACGACCACGACGACGACGGCCACCACCACCACGCCCCUCCCUUGGAAUCGUCCAGCGUCCCCGCCGCUUAUCCUCGCACACAUGCCAUGACGGCGCAGGUGCAGUCCAUGCCAUCGUUCAGUUCGGAAUUUGGCGCGGUGCGAGAACAGUUCACGCAGCUAUCGACGACGGGACGCGACAUGGAACAGCCCAACCUCGGCACAACCUCCCCCACCGACGACAGUCGCGGCAGGAGAAGGAUCAGAGACGGCCAGAAUUCCGACGAUGCCGACCCAAACGCGCAAGACAGUGCAGAGGGCACUGGUAACUCCAAGAAGCGACGGAGAAGUCGCAAGGGCCUCGACAAGAAGUUCGAGUGCCCGCACGAAGGCUGCGGGAAGAGCUAUUCACGGGCCGAGCACCUGUACAGGCAUCAGUUGAACCACAACCCGAAGCAGAUCUACCACUGCGACUUUCCAGAUUGCCACCGCUCCUUUGUAAGGCAGGACCUGUGCGCACGGCACAAGGAGAGGCACACCGCGCGGGGCUCGCAGCUGCUGCGCAAGGAGAACUUCAUGCAGAACCUCAACCCAAUCGUCACGGCCGCCAUGGCGGCGCAGAAAAAGAAACUACAGCAGCAGCAAAAUUCACCUACGGUAGCUACUCCCCCGCCCUUUUCUGGAUCCAUCUCGUGCAUGCAGAAGGGUGCUGACAGGAACUACCCCACGCAGUCGCCUGUCGCCGGCUCACAUUCCGUUUCCACUUCGUUGGAUCCAAGCUUGUCGUCCUCCGGCUCUGAACCAGGUCAGCCCCUAAAUCUUAGCCGGCCUCCCGUCGACAUAGCUUACCGUCCAGUCAAUACAGGUCUCCAGCGUUCAAACACCUUUUCGUCCUUCUCGGGCGGAACCCAACAGCAAUAUAUCAAGAACGAGAGCUACGCCAAGCCAUAUUCUCCUUACUCACAGGCGGCCACAACCUCCACCGCCACCAAUAGCAGCAACAGCAACCAGCAGUUCAGUCGUCCGACGCACCCAUCGCAGUCUCCCGGCGCUUUCCAACAUCACUCGAAUUUCCCACCCCUCACUCAGCUUCCGCAACCCGCGUACGCCACCAUGAGCCAGGCUCAGUCCGGAGACUCGCAAGGUCACACCUCGUCGGCGUCGGAAAUGACCACGAACAUGAGCGCCGUCUCGGACACCUUCAUGGAGGGAAUGACGCCGACGUACGCCGUGCCCAUCUUCGGUGGUGAAGGCUACAGCCGAUCUCCGUUCGCCAUGGCCGACGACUUUGCUGCCUGGCUGUUCAGCGAUCCAAACGUGGGCUCUGGCACCUCGCCCAUGGCCGGAUUUCAGCCCGGCAGCACCAACCCCGUGGCGAACGCGAGCUUCGGCAUGAACGCCCCCUAUUUCGGCCAGGAGACGAUGUUCAGCGGGCCCUUGCAUCAGGCGAUGCCUCCCCAAGGACACCAAAUGGCCGUCAGCAAUCUCAUCGACACAAACAUGCAGCAGAUGGCGCUGUCGGAGGAGCGACGACAGGAACUUCUCUACCUUAUCGACACUCGCUUCAACGACACGGCGCACGCACCGGUCAGGAAACGCGACGACCUGCUCGACGGCGACCGCAACAACGACAGGCACGUGCUGAGCUUGAACAUGAUGCAAACCUACAUCGCGUCCUUCUGGCUGCAUUUCCACCCGCAGAUGCCCAUCCUGCACAAGCCAACAUUCCAAGCCAACAACUGCCCUCCGCUCCUGCUCCUGGUCAUCAUCACGCUGGGCGCGUCCUGCCUGGAAAAGACUUACGGCUACGAGAUGACGCAGAACGGAGCGGAUCUAUCCGCCUUCCUCGCCUGGCAUCUGCGCUGGGAGAUCUUCAUGGAUGCCGACUUUCGACCGCCCGCGAAGCUGUGGGUGUUCCAGGCCCUGCUUCUGCUUGAGAUCUUUGAGAAGAUGUACUCGACAAGGCCGCUGCACGAGCGAGCGCACAUCCACCAUGCCACGACGCUGACCCUGAUGAGGCGCGGCAGCUCGUUGAUAGGGCGAUCGUCGGCCGACUCCCCGCCAAGCGGCACCGAUAGCCAUUCCGCAAGCAGACACGGCUCAGUAAAUGGGGCCUCGCAUUACUCGAAUCAGUUCACUGCAGACGAGUGGUGGAACCAAUGGAUCACAAACGAGGCAACGCGUCGGGCGGCCUUCGCGGCUUUUGUCAUGGAUUCCAUCCAUGCCACCAUGUUUGGCCACUCGGCGGUCAUGGUCGCGCACGAGAUGCGUCUUCCGCUGCCCUGCGACGAGGCCUUGUGGAACGCGACGAGCAGCGCGGAGGUUGGCCGAGUCGAACAGAGCUUGCACCAGAACGGAAUCAAGCCAACCACGUUCCUGGACGGCCUCAAGAAAACGUUGAACGGAGAGCCGGUUCGGACCAACUCGUUCGGACGGACCAUUCUGAUGGCCGGCCUUCUGAGCGUAUCUUGGCACAUGAACCAGCGAGAUCUGCAAGUCAGCUCCUUGGGCGUCUCGCAAGCCUUGGGCGGGAGGGACAAGUGGAGGGGCUCCUUGACGCGAGCGUUCGACUUUUGGAAGAUCGACCUGGACCAUUCGUACGCCAAGGCGAACGAAGGCCAGCAGUAUCCAUACUACUCAAGCAAGGGAGCCGACGACGAGAACAUCUUCGAAAGCCGGACGGUCCUGCACCAUCUUGCACACAUGGCCAUGCAUGUCGACAUAGUGGAUUGCCAAAUCUUCGCCGGUGCGACUCGCUUGCUCGGUCGUAGCAUCACCCCGCAGGACUACGCCGGCGCGCAGCGGCGGAUGAAGGAUGGUUGGGCGCCCACCGCACGGGCCCGUGACGCGACGUUCUAUGCACUGCGCUUCCUCAGCCAGGUUCUCGUACCAGAAGACGGCAGCGGUGCCAUGGCCAAGCCGGAGUUCCUGUACAACGCGCGAGACGACUAUCUGCUCAAUCGGCCGUGGGUGCUGUACUUUGCCACUCUUAUCGUGUGGUCGUAUGGCUACGCGCUGGACGGCCCUAUCCAGCCUAUGUAUAAACUGAGCAAUCACGAGGAGGUUGUCAAUGAUAUGCAAGGCUUCCUGAGGCGCGUGGGUGGCGUCAGAGCACCUGAUGAUCUGUCGAAGAUGCAAAACCGCAAUGCCUGUCUGGGCUUGCUCAUUCUCAUGAGGGACACUUUCUCAAACACGAGAUGGGAGCUCUUGCACGAAGCGAGCAAGCUGCUCACAAAGUGUAUCGACAUGCUCUCGGCUAGUCAGCUUCCCUAGUUUCGUCUCGCGCGUCAUUUCCUGACUCGGCCUUUUCUUCGCCCCGUCCCACGGGAAGCAAGAAACGACCGGCCGGGGAAACGUUUCUCUGCGAACCUCCAAUUCCCCAAACGAAGCAAAGCGAGGGUUCUCGCUGAGGAAACGUGUCUGCCAUGAGCGUAGGCAUUGUCUUUCGCAUCAAGCGAGUGUCCGCUCAGCAUACGUGACACUCUCCAUCAGGAUCGACAUCCAAUCGUCGGACAUUUUUUUUUUCCAGUCUCACGCAACGAGUCGAUUCCACUUUCGACGCCACGUUUUCAUGACCCACCCUCGCACGGAGGCCUCUUCUGUCCAUACCAUUUUCUACCGGUACCCUCUGACCUCCAUGCGGUAGAGGCUUAUUCCUACUCGGGAAAUCUUUCUCAUUUGUAUGAUAAGAAUCUCUUCUGUACAUGUCGCAGUUCCAGAGGCGGAUCCCGCUACCUGGAGGACGAGGAAGUCGUACGAAGAUGCGAAUUGACGAACCCCUCGAUUAGAAGCGCUGGCGAACACUUUUCUCCAAGCACAAUGGCGAAGUGGAUAAUAAUCGACCUUUGGUUCAAAUUACUCUUGUUUAUCUUUCUCUCUGACAUUGCGUGGGAGAGGCAUCUCCUUCAUAUCUGUUACCUCAAAACUUCUCGAAGUGCACUGAUGUGCCUCUCUCACCUUCGAAUCGCGCCCGCAAAUAUCUCUUUUCUUUUGGGAGCUGCGCCUCUCUCUUACUUUAUACCCACAUUUGUCAAUUCUGUUGAUUGGUUGCUAUCUGACUUGCUGUCCUUACAGAGAAGUGUUUUUUUAAACGUAUAUUUUGCGGGGGGAUUGAAUAUCAACAUGGAUUCCCCAUGGGGCUUAUGUCUACAGGAGUCAUCACAAAAUUGGAUUGGCGGAGAGAAAUGAGGAAUCAAACAACGAGCAUCUCUUCUGGAGUCUUACGCGCUCUGAUUCAUAUACGAUGGGCAAAAGACCAGAGCACAUAGCGCAUAAACGAAUUUUUUGUUGUCGUUGUAGUUUUUUGCUGCUUGAAUUUUUUUUGACCCACUUUCCUAAGGAAUAAUCAAAAUCAGAAAACC